AUGACUAUCAGAAACGGCUCAGCUAACGACACUGCCAAUGGCAUUUCCAACGCCCUCGCCAAUGGAAAGACCAACAGCGCUGGCGCCGUGAAAAAUAGACAUUUGAAUGGAAACUUCUCCGUUGACGAGGUUGCCAUCUCCGCCAAUUCCCCAGAAAAGGUCUCUGGUCUGCUGAAGGACAUUCUCGCAAAUGGCCUUGCCUUUUCCGUGGACCAUGAUGCUAGUGCCCGGUCCACUUUGCUGGAUGCGGCACGGUCUCUGGUUCAUGCAUUAGAGACACCCCGUGAGACCAUGAUACGAUACUGCUGGUCACAGUCCACUGCCUACGCUGCCAUUGAGACCGGUGUUGACCUAGGACUGUUCGCUAUCCUUUCGCGCGAUGACAGACCAAAGAGAGCAGCUUAUCUCUCCGAGGAGACCGGUGCUGACCUCACCCUUUUGUCUCGUCUGCUCAAACAUUUGAGCGCCGUGGGCGUCGUUGACGAAACGGGACCGGACGAGUACCGUCGGACGGGGUUUUCAAUUACACUUGGCGUACCUCGCUAUAGCGAUGCCUAUGCUUGCAUGACUGGCUGCAUUACAGAUGGUGUUCUGGCGUUGCCCGCAUACCUACGCAGAAACAACCACCGCAACCCGACCAAUGGCAAAGAUUGUCCCUUCCAGCUGGGCUUUCGGACUGGCUCGCAUUUUUUCGAAUUCCUCCGUGACCAUCCCGAACAUGCCUCCCAGUUCAACAAUCACAUGUCCGCCUACCACCAGGGCCGUCCCAGCUGGAUGGAUGUCGGGUUCUACCCGGUCCCUGAGCUAGUUAUGGAUCUGAAGGAGUCAGACGAUGUCCUGUUGGUCGACGUCGGUGGCAGUUUGGGUCACGAUCUCUCCGAAUUCCAGCGCAAAUGGCCUGAUAUGCCUGGAAGGUUAGUGCUGCAGGAUCUUCCGGCAGUGGUCGAGCAAGCACAGAGUAUGUCGCUUCAUCCUCGUGUCGAAGUCAUGCCCCAUGACUUCUUCACCGAGCAGCCUGUUAAAGGCGCUCGCGCCUAUUACAUGCACUCCAUCCUGCACGACUGGAACGAUGAUAACUGCCGCAAGAUACUGUCAAACUUGGUCCCGGCCAUGAAACGGGGUUACAGCAAGGUCCUGAUCAACGAGAACGUCAUCCCUGAUACCAAUGCCUACUGGGAGACCACCAGUCUCGAUAUCAUCAUGAUGGCCGACUUCGCGUCACAGGAACGCACAGAGCGACACUGGCGCUCUCUGGUAGAGUCCGUCGGGCUGAAAAUUACGAACAUCUGGACGGCCCAGCGGGGGGUGGAGAGCCUGAUUGAAUGUGAACUGUUGUAA